AUGCAAGAUGGUAUGGCUAUGGUGCGUUUGAAGGGCUCGUGCACAAUCAAACUGGCCGAGCCGACACCGAACCAACGGCUCUGGCUGUCGGACCUUGAUCUGAUCCAGCCCAUAACGGAUGUUCAGACCCAGUCGGUGGCAGCUCACGUGUGGAGAGCUGCAUGCAAGGCUCGUGGGCUCCACCAUGAUCAGCCAACGAAGAUGUACGUUGCCGUUGAUGGCCGUGCACGGUUGCAUCCUCGGCUGCCUGAUGGUUACUUUGGUAAAGCUGUGUUUUCAGCGACGCCGUCUGGGCUGUGCGGCGAUCUGGUGUUGAACCCACUGAGUCACUCAGCAAGUCGCGUGAAAGAAGCAGUGGAGAUGAUGAAGGACGACUACCUGAGGUCGGCGCUUGACUUUUUUGCCGGUCAUAAGGAUCUGACUCCAUUUCGCCGUGGGUCCCCCACGCUGGGCUGUGGCCAAGGGACGUUCUAUGGCUGCCCCAACCUCAACUUCACUAGCUGGAUAGGGUUGCCGAUGUACGACGCUGAUUUCGGGUGGGGCCCUCCUAUCCACAUGGGUCCCGCUGCUUUGGGCUACGAAGGGAAGGCUUUCCUGAUGCCAACGCCAGAAGGGGACGGGAGCUUGCUACUAGCGAUCCGCCUGCAGGUGGCUCACAUGAAGACUUUCAUGGACUCCUUCUGUAAUGGUUUAUGA